UAAUAAGGUCACUCUGCCGCCAUCUUUUUUGUUUCACGGAAAAAAUUACAAAUUUGUCCGGUAAAAAUAGUGUGAAAUAAAUAAUUAAUUUGCGCCAGCCGCACGCUAGAAAAAGCCAAACACAACAAGAAGACAACGACGACAUCGCGACGGGGAGGCCGCGUUUAAAGAACAAAACAAAAACCAUAAAAAGAAAACCUGCAUUUUUAAAAGAAAAGAUAAAUAAAUAUUCAACAAAAUGGGAGAGGUAAAGUCCGUGAAAGUGGACAACUGGGGUGUCUUCUUUCUCCAGAAGCUGCAGAAUUUCUUCAACAAAACGGACUAUUGUGAUUUAACGCUACAGUUCCGUGACAAUUCACAAUUGAAGGUGCAUCGCUUGGUGCUUAGCGCGUGCACUGAUUAUUUCAAUGUGCUGGAGCAAACAUGCGAAAUUAUUGACGACGCUCUCAUCAUGCCAUCCGAGUUUCAAGCCGAUGUUGUUGUGCCAAUUGUCAACUUCAUGUAUACGGGCACACUGGAGUUUGAAUUGAAAAUGUAUGGCAAACUGUUGCGCACCGCCAGGGGAGAUGAAUAUGACGGUGUUAUUGAAGCUUCUCGAGGCACAUCGUCGCACCAUGGAGAAUGUAAAUCGACAGCAAAGACCACCGAGUCCGAAGGGCAUAAGACGUCGCCCUGUUGUGCCCACCAGCAGUGGAAACGCAACACAGCAACGUGCCUCUAUUGGAUCAGCACAGAAUCGCGGUGGCAUCGCAAGCGUUAACACCAGCGGUGGCAGCAGCACCACAGUGCGCACGAAUGUGCAACAGGCCCGUAACGUGAA